GAGAGACCGAGUGAGGGGAACAGGCUCCGGGCUCCAGUUACCGCAUCGCACGGUCCCAGCCGGGCGCAAUCCGAGCGUGCGGUGGAGCCCGGGAGCGCCGCGGCCCCUUUAAGAGUCGGGCCCAGGCCGGCCCGGGGGCCGCGGGAGCCAGAGCGCGGCGCAGCGCAGAGGAGUUGGGAGCCGGCGCAAAAGUUUCCUCCCAACUCUGGCCCCGCGCGCCGCCGCCGCCCACUCCAGCCCGGGGCCUAGGACCGGCCCUGCCACUGCCGCAAGGGCCAAGGCCAGGGCCAGGGCCAGAGCUGGGCCGGGCCGGGCCGGGCCGGCAGUUUCACUUUGGCGGGCGCAGAGCAACCGCCCUGGCCGGGCCCGAGCAGGAACAGCAGCGGCAGAGGAGGAGGAGGAGCCGGCCCCGGAGUCGCUGCGUCCCGGGGCCCCGGCCACCUAGGAGGUAGCCCUUGGCGCUGCCGCCCCCUCCCCGAUUCCCGCCUGCCCGCGCGUGGAAGGGGCGCUGCCGCGAGCCCUCGGCCCUGAGGGGGCGCCGGGCAGAGACGCCCCGGGUCUCCAGGCCCGCCGGCUCCGGGCGUCCCCCGAGAGUGGGGGGCUGCGCCCGCGGGGCCAGAGACACCUGUUCAGGAUGAAAGUGACCGUGUGCUUCGGCAGGACGGGCAUCGUGGUGCCCUGCAAGGAGGGCCAGCUGCGCGUCGGCGAGCUCACCCAGCAGGCGCUGCAGCGGUACCUGAAGACCCGGGAGAAGGAUCCUGGAUACUGGGUGAAGAUUCAUCACUUGGAAUACACAGAUGGAGGAAUCCUGGAUCCAGAUGAUGUCUUGGCAGAUGUUGUUGAAGACAAAGAUAAGCUGAUUGCCGUGUUUGACGAACAAGAACCACUCCACAAGAUCGAGAGCCCCAGCAGAAACCCUGGAGAUCCACAAAGCCCAGAUGCAUUUGAGACGGAAGUGGCUGCCCAGCUGGCUGCAUUCAGACCAGUUGGCGGGGAGAUUGAAGUAACCCCUUCUGCUCUGAGAGUAGGCACUCCACUGCUGGUGAGGAGGAGCAGUGACCCAUCACUGGGGCCACCUGCUGACGCCCAGCCAAGCGCUUCACACCCUGGUGGCCAGAGUCUGAAACCUGUUGUUGCAGAUUCCACGCAGAGCUUGGAAGACGGAGAAAUUAUGAAUGGUGUACAGACUGAACUGCCAGUAUCACCAAAAACUAAAGAUGUAUCAAGUGAUAUGACAAGAACAUUGGAGAUUUCUGGGGAAGGAGGCCCCUUGGGGAUACAUGUGGUGCCCUUCUUUUCAUCUCUUAGUGGAAGGAUUCUAGGACUCUUCAUCCGAGGCAUCGAAGACAACAGCAGGUCCAAGAGGGAGGGGCUCUUUCAUGAAAAUGAAUGUAUUGUCAAAAUCAACAAUGUGGAUCUCGCGGACAAAACCUUUGCUCAGGCUCAAGAUGUCUUCCGUAAGGCAAUGAAAUCUCCAAGUGUGCUCCUCCACGUGCUUCCACCUCAACACCGUGAGCAGUAUGAAAAAUCAUUCAUUGGACCACUUAACAUUUUUGCAAACAGUGAUGGUGCUUUGAGAACAAAGGUGCCUCCUCCUGCGCAUUGCAAAUCAGGAGUAAAGACAGCAAACCUCACAGGAACAGGCUGCUCUGAAGCAGAUACAUCAGCUCCCCUGCAACAAAGCAAGAGCCCUCAAGUGCCCAGGCUAGGAAGAAAGCCAUCCUCUCCCUCACUCUCUCCUCUCAUGGGGUUUGGCAGCAAGAAAAAUGCAAAGAAAAUUAAGAUUGACCUAAAGAAAGGCCCUGAAGGACUUGGUUUCACUGUGGUUACCAGAGACUCCUCCAUACAUGGUCCUGGUCCCAUUUUUGUAAAAAAUAUUUUACCAAAGGGAGCAGCAAUAAAAGAUGGCCGCCUACAAUCAGGGGACAGAAUUUUAGAGGUAAAUGGCAGAGAUGUCACUGGACGAACUCAGGAAGAGCUCGUGGCCAUGUUGAGGAGCACCAAACAGGGAGAGACGGCAUCGCUGGUCAUUGCUCGCCAAGAAGGAAAUUUUCUGCCCCGAGAACUGAAAGGCGAACCUGACUGCUACGCACUCUCUCUGGAGACAACUGAGCAACUCACUUUUGAGAUCCCCCUGAAUGAUUCAGGUUCGGCAGGCCUGGGAGUGAGCUUGAAAGGCAACAAAUCCCGAGAGACUGGAACGGACUUGGGGAUUUUUAUCAAAUCCAUCAUCCAUGGAGGUGCUGCCUUUAAGGAUGGUCGGCUGCGAAUGAAUGACCAGCUGAUUGCAGUUAAUGGGGAGUCUCUUUUGGGAAAGUCCAACCAUGAAGCUAUGGAAACACUUAGACGAUCCAUGUCCAUGGAAGGAAACAUCCGAGGGAUGAUCCAGUUGGUGAUUCUUAGGAGGCAGGAGAAACCCGUGGAGGAGCCUGCGGAGUGUGGGGCAUUGUCCAAGCCAUGCUUUGAGAAUUGUCAAAAUGCUGUGACCACCUCUAGGCGAAACGACAAUAGUCCACUGCAGCCAUUUGGCACUUACAGUCCACAAGACAAACAAAAAGACCUUUUGCUGCCCCAUGAUGGAUGGACUGAGAGUGAAGUACCACCUUCUCCACCGCCACAUCCCGCUCUGGAAUUGGGCCUUGAAGAUUACAGCCACAGCUGUGGGGUAUAUUCAUCAGGGUAUCUUCCAGACCAGCACAUCAACUUCAGAUCUGUGACACCAGCCGGGCAGCCUGAAUCAAUUAAUCUGAAAGCCUCAAAGAGCAUGGAUCUUGUGCCAGAUGAAAGCAAAGUUCAUUCAUUGGCUGGACACAAAUCGGAAUCUCCAUGCAACGACUUUGGUCCAACUCUGGGCUUGAAGAAGUCCAGCUCCCUGGAGAGUCUGCAGACUGCCGUGGCCGAGGUCAGGAAGAACGAGCUUCCCUUUCACAGGCCCCGGCCGCACAUGGUUCGAGGCCGGGGCUGCAACGAGAGCUUCAGAGCAGCCAUCGACAAGUCUUACGAUGACCCGGAGGAGCUGGAGGCUGAUGGUCUGUCUGAUAAGAGCUCUCACUCCGGCCAGGGAGCUCUGAAUUGUGAAUCUCCUCCUCAGGGGAUCUCAGAGUUAGAGGACUUGGAAAAUAAAGCCAGGAAAGUCAAGAAAACAAAAGAGAAGGAGAAGAAAAAAGACAAGGGCAAGCUGAAAGUCAAGGAGAAAAAGCGGAAAGAGGAAAACGAAGAUCCGGAAAGGAAAAUAAAGAGGAAAGGAUUUGGCGCCAUGCUGAGGUUUGGGAAAAAGAAGGACGAUAAGGGUGGGAAGGCUGCACAGAAAGGACCCCUGAAGCUCGGAGGCCUGAAAGAGGAGGAGCUGGAGAAGAUGAAAGAGGAGCAGGAACGGAUUGGAGCAAAACAUCAGGAGCUAAGGGAAAAGCAGGCAAGAGGACUUAUUGAUUAUGCUACUGGUGCAAUGGGAUCGGUGCAUGAUAUGGAUGAUGAUGAAAUGGACCCCAAUUAUGCCAGAGUGAACCACUUUCGGGAGCCAUGUGCAUCAGCAAAUGUCUUUCGAUCUCCAUCUCCUCCUCGGGCUGGCCCACUUGGUUACCCUCGGGAUGGCCGUCCACUGUCACCAGAGAGAGACCACUUAGAGGGUCUCUAUGCCAAGGUCAACAAGCCAUACCAUCCAGCAGCUCCAGUUGACAGUGGCCGGCCCAUGGGCGGAAGCACCGACCGCAUCCAGAAGUUGCGGAAGGAGUAUUAUCAGGCUCGGAGGGAAGGUUUCCCUUUAUAUGAAGAUGAUGAAGGAAGAGCAAGGCCAUCUGAUUAUGACCUUCACUGGGUGCCUGGAAAGGGUCCAGAGGGGAACGCCCACAGCCUCCGCUUUGAUGGGAUGGAGAGGCAGUAUGCAUCCUUGCCCAGGGGAGGACCAGCGGAUCCUGUAGACUACCUGACAGCCGCACCUCGAGGGCUCUACAAGGAAAGGGAGCUUCCGUAUUACCCAGGGGCUCAUCCCAUGCAUCCUCCCAAAGGGAGCUACCCCUGCGCCCCGGAUCUCAGGGUGGCAGAUCUCCGGUAUCCUCAGUAUUACCCACCCCCGCCAGCCCCCCAGCACAAAGGACCCUUCCGACAGGAUGUUCCACCUUCCCCUCCCCCGCACCAGAGAGUACCAGGCUAUCCAGAAAUGGGCAGACCAGGGCCCCGAGGGGGCAGCCCAGACCAGUACCCCUACCGAACCCAGGACCCCCGGCAGAAGAACCCCAUGACUGCAGCAGUAUAGCUGAACACCACCAAGAUCAGCCAAGCCCAGAAAGGAAGACGCCUAACACUAACCUCACCCUUCCUCCACCCUAAGACGUUCUUCCUAUUAAGAACUCUCCAUGGUACCAAUUGGCCACUUCUCACUUGGGUUGCAAUGCUUGACUGCUAACCAGAGAGGAAAGAAAGCGGGAGAGAUCGUGCAUCAGGGUAGAAUCAGAGGAAAGCCGGGGUCAUAAAAACAAUACCAUCUGGUAUUUAUAGAGCAUUCAGGAUUGUUCAGUUCACUGAAGAAGCAAUCUACAUUGGAGAUCUAUUCCGUGCUGCCUGCCUGGCGAGGUAACCUGUACCCGUGUACACACACACACACACACACACACACAAUUGGUGGUACCAAGGGAGUCCCUGCCAAGCAGGAUUCUGGACUAGCCUCAGUGCCCCUCUGUGGGGCCAUUGAGUUAAAGGUUGGAAGAGUAGCAAGACUGCAGAUGUGGGCAUCUUGAGUAUAGUGUGUUCUUAGAGGGAAAAAAAACAAUGGCAAACAUGACCAGUGACCCCCUUGAAGUGUUUUGUACUGAGAUGACUGUUUCAACUAUCUCUGCAAUUUCUGGGUCUGCUGAUACCACUCAUUUGCUGUAAACAUUUCACCUGCUUCCUCACUUCUGAUAGGACAUUUGGUAAAAUACAGUAUGGAGGGUCCGGAGAGAACGUGCAGGGCUAGUCAAAGCUACCAGAAGGAAUACUCCUGAGGGCUAAGGUGAUCAGGGGAAGAUGGUUAAAACCCCAUGGUCCUCACCUUCCUUCCUCCCUGGGCAUGACAGCUUAGAGAUACUUGGUUUCAAAGUCACCCCCAAAUCUUCUGCCUGUAAUUAUUUUAAUGGGGCCUCCACUUUAAGACUAAGGGUUAAAGUAUACUUAUGCAACAUAGGGCCAGCUAGUUAGAGGUUGCCAGGGAAGCAAUACCCUAGAGAUGCCAGUUCCACACUCUGUGUCCAACAGUGCCCGUCUGCACUCAGGGACACCGAGGGGCUGGUUGAGGCCCUUGGAAAUUGGUGACCAGCAGGUAGUAAAUGGAAGUGAAUGAUGGAGGGUGUUUGUGUACAUGUGUGCAUGUGUUCAAACGUGUGAUUACCAGGAUGGAAGAUAAAAAUACUUCCUGGGAAGUUUGAUGAGGAAAGGUUGGAAAGAGGAGAAGGAAGAGGUGAGGACCCAUCAGGGUAAACCAAGCUGCAUCUGCACUUUUUCAUUAACAAAUGUCAAGGCAAGGCCAGGGUCCCCAACUGGGAGAGAGGAAGAUCUCCUGACCUUGGAAAGCCGAAAUCUCACCCUCUAAAGCUCUGAAGUACAACACAUCACAGUUCUUUUCUUCAAAAGAAGAACAUCUAAUGCUUACAACCUGACCCAAACAAGAAUACAGGCAGAAGAAACAAUAAACUUGGAGGCAACAAUUUGAAUUGCUCAGUGGCUCUUGAAUUACUUUGCCUUUUCAUAUUCCUUCUUCAUUCCCUCAAAAAAAAAAAAAAGCCUGGACUUUAAUUUAGACAUAUUCCAGCUGAGAUUAAAAUGCCUCUGGCAGGAUUUAAUAAAUUAUAGCAUUAUUGAAUAUAUAGAAUAUCCAGCUAGCCCUGUUUGAACUAUUUUAUUAUUUCAACUAGAAUUCUGUUCCCAGGAAUGAUGCAACUGCUGGUUCUAGACAGAAAUAGCACGAUUUAUGGUACUUCCGGAGAGACUGUAGUCUAAAACCACAGUCACUGUGGCUCUCUGGGAAAAAGAUUGUCAGGUGUUUUUGUCCUCUGUCAGUUUUCUUCAGCCAGGCACCUUUAGAUUGUUUAUUCAUUCAAAGAGGGUGAGGAUCUUAGGCCAUGCUCAGCUGGAGAUAUGGAGCAGGUGAGCAACAGGGUUCCCCCGCCAACACACUGCAUGAUGCCUUCCCCUUAAGCCAAAUAAACAUUAAAGAAGAAAAUAAGAUGAGCACAAUGCAGCAUUUAGAAGCAAGAAGUAUUAGUUCUUCAGUAUGCUCUGUAUUUUAAAAUGAUUUCUUUAGACUAUUGGAUGUAUUCAAGCCACAAGGCUCCUUCUGGGUGAAGGCUAGGCCACUUGAAGGGCAGCCAGGGGUGGCAGUGUGAGGUGAGACUGUGUCUAGGGGGAACAACCCUUGCAGGAAGAAUGCACAAUACCUCUUACACACGGGCUCAGGGUAAGCUGCUCUGAGACAUGCUUUUAUGCUCUAUACACAGUCAAUAUAAUAGUUGCUAAUCCUGAGGGUGAUGUGAAGGUGCCAUGAAAGCAAACAGAAAAAAUAGAUUUUUUUAAGUCCUCUUCUCAUGCUUGAAAUGUAACCAUGCCCUAUUUGAUCCUGCCCUAAAGAAGCUAACAUUAUAUUUGUGACAGAGGCUCUAUUAAGCCAAGCAAUAAUUAAGAUCUCACAUGUAAGCUUUAUACAUGUCUGGGUAUUAACCCCCUGCCCCCACUGUCAGCACCCAGAGGUUAUGGCCUCAUUCUCAGUAUUUAGGAGAACAGGUUCUUUUUAGAGUAUUUGGAAGAUCAGGCUAUGAUCAGUAGGUACACAGGAACAGGAAAGCGUUUCCCCACAUUCUUUACAGUCUUGCACAAAGCUUUGCAAAAACACAAUCAACUGACUCCUCCUAGCUCAGAACUCGAAUAGCCCUCCCAGAACAGAGUGGCACAUCCAGCUACCAAGCCAUCCACAUGCACCUGGCUGGCUGCAGAUCUGAUGGCUGCUCAUUUAGGCCUCAAAAUGAUGCUUGGCCUCAAGUCCCUAUUUUUAAGGAGCCCUAUUUUUCUCCCUUUGUACAAGAGAAAAGAAAGAGAACAGAACAUUGAAAACUUCUAUGUGCAGGAGAAUUCAAUCUUCCUCAAAGGCAAGAAACACAUUUUCAUUAAUCCACCGCACACUGUUUCUCCACAAUAUUAGCUCAGUAAAUGAAAAGCAAGUUCAAAAACAAAUAAUUUCUUAAAUCAUGACUUAGUAGCAAACAGAAAUUGGGAAAAAUUUUAUUCUAAGCUCUUUAUUCUUAGAUUUUUAGAUAAAAGUAUUUGCACACACACACACACACACACACAGCAUGGAGCAAAGAUCCUAUCACCAAGAGCAUGGUAGGGAUCCAGAGACCCACUGCUGUCUAUGGAGGAAACACCAUGAACACCUCCAGGGAAAGGAGAUUGGAGACUUCAUGGUAGUUUUAUUCUUGCUACCAGUUAAAUAAAAUUGAAACAAGAUUCGUUAUCUCUCCGAAAGAGUCAUGAAAAUCUUGAAGCAAGCUAUCUUCUGAAGGAGGGUCCCCCUUGGGAAGAUCCUGAGGUUCCUUCUGCUUUCCCUGGGGUCCAUAUAAAGGACAUUCACUUCCCCUUAAACUGCAAGCCCAACAUUCAGUGCUUUGAAGAGCAUCAGAUUUCAGAAAAACACAGAAAUCUAGAGCAUUUGUUUUGUAGAGGAACGCGCAUCUGCAAACUUCCCAUUGGCGCUAAACUCUGAAAUCUAUGAGUGGCCUGCAAAUUGGUCCUACAUUGGGAAGAUACCUACUGCUUUCUGAGUCCAUGAGCAACAAAAAGUCCAGGUUUAGAGCAAUUACGCAGGGGAGAGUUGGAUCAGAAACAGCCACAGGAGGAUUUCUUUGCACUCCCGCUUUGUACUGACUUAGGAGGAGACGAUGAAGUCUAUCCUUACAAAGUCACCAGAAAAAAAGGUACCUAAAAUAAGCCUAGACUCUCACACGCAGCCACUGCUUCUAAGUGAGACUCUCCCUCAUGUCCACACAAUAGUCGCAGAAUCACACACAGCCUGACUUUUAAAGCAGGGUUUGUCUACCAGGUUGGGAGUGGGAAGUGAACCAGCCCCAAAGACUCUCCUAGCCUGUGUGUGGACUCGGCUCCUUCAAAAAAUGUUCGCCUGCUUCAUCCGCAGUGUUGUAGGUGACUGGAACAUCAUCAAACUGUGUUGUUUUAUUGUCACUUUUUGUUGUAUUUCCUGUGCUUUUGUCAUACCAAGUCGGUUACUAACUUCUGAAGAUAAAUUAUGUGAAGUCAGAUUUUGGCAUAUGAGGAUCAAGAAUGAAUUCUUUUAUACACAUUUUAAAGAUGAUCUCAUUUGUACCACGGGGCUGGGGAGGGGGGAUAAAAAAACAUUUUGGAUAUUGUUAUAUAUGAGUAAAUAAAUUUUUCUUGUUUUAUUUUGCAUUAAAAUAAAGCUUUAUUCAGUCAA